AUGAAUAAUUCAAAUAGUGAAAAUAAUAAUAAAUUAAAUGCUAACUUGAAAAUUAAUGAAGAUAAUCUAAAUCAAACAUUUUCUCUUUUUGAAAAUGACAACUUUGAAAUAAAUAAAAGUGAAGAUGAAUAUGUUUCAAUAGAGGAUAAUGAAACAGAGGAUGAAAAUGAAUUAUACAAUGAUGAAGAUAUAAAUUAUGAUGAUGCUAUAAGUGAUAAUUUAACAGAUAAUGACUUGAAUAAUAAUUACAUGAGUGAUGAUGAUGAUGAAAGAGGAAAUAUUCUGAAAACAGCAAAGGAAGAAAAGGAACAAGCAAGUGAAGCUUCUUUUAAAGAAGAAAAUGAAAUGGAUGAAAUUAAAAAUAAAGAGAAAAGCAUAGAUCUAAAUAUUAUAGGUUUAAAAAGAAGGAUGAAAAAAAAAUACAUAAAUAAAAAAGAAAACAUAUAUUAUGAUGAAAUAGGAAUAUAUAAAAAUAAUAAAGUUAUGAAAAAUGAAGAUAUAGAAGAUCGAAUGAAAUAUUUAUUAUUAUUAUUAAGUAAUGCAAAAAAAAGUAAUGUAAAAUUUGAAAAGUCUCAAGUAAUAAAAGAAUUGCUUUUUUAUUAUUCAUAUUAUUAUGAAUACUCAAAAGAAAUGAUAAAAUAUUUAAAUUAUUUAUUUGAUGUAAAAGAAUUGUAUCUAUUUCUUGAGUUAAAUAAUAUUCCAAAAGAAAUACAUUUAAGAACAAAUACUUUAAAAAUAACUAGAAAUAAUCUAAUGAAAAUUUUAAAAAGUCAAAAUAUUUCAGUUGAAGAAGGGGAUAAAUGGAACAAUGUAGGUAUCGUUGUAAAUGAUAUAAAUUCCAAUGUUGGAUCAUUAAACGAAUAUUUAUAUGGUUAUUAUAUGAUUCAAUCAUCUUCUUCUUUUAUUCCAGUUUUAGAAUUAAAUAUUCAAGAAAAUGAUUUAGCAUUAGAUUUAUGUGCAGCACCUGGAGGAAAAUGUACAUUUAUGUGUGCAAUAAAAAAAAAUAAAGGAAUUGUAUAUGCAAAUGAUAUAAAUAAAUUUAGAUGUAAAUCUAUAGAAGCACAAGCAUCAAGAAUGGGAAUAAAUAAUUUAAUAGUAACAUGCAUAGAUGCACUGAAAAUUCAUAAGCAUCUUACUUUUCAAUUUGAUAAAAUUUUGUUAGAUGCUCCUUGUAGUGGUACAGGUGUAGUUAAUAAAAAUAAGGGUGCAAGAAGAAAAACAAUAAAAGAAAUAAGAGAAUUAGCUCAAAAACAAAGAAAGCUUUUAAAUAAUGCAAUUAAUCUUUUAAAAAACGGGGGUAUUCUUGUUUACUCUACAUGUAGUAUUACUGUUGAAGAAAAUGAGCAAGUUAUAAAUUAUAUCUUAAAAAAAAGAGAUGUUAAUUUAUUACCAUUAAAUAUUAAUAUUGGAGAUCCUGGCAUAACUCAUUAUAAGAAAAAACAAUUUUCAAGUAAAAUUUCUUUAUGCAAAAGAAUUUAUUUACAUAAACAUAACCAUGAUAAUUUUUUUGUUGCAAAAUUAAUUAAAAGAUCAGAUGCAAUAUUUGACAAGAAUAAGUCCAUUAUAACUAAAAAAGAAAAAGAUUCAAAAAAAAAAGAAGUGAAAAAUACCCAAAAAUACAACAAAAAUAAUGAUAUUAGCAAUUUAAAAGAAAAUAGUACAUUUUAUAACAAAAACACAAAAGUAAAUAAUGAUAAUAAAUUAAAUAAUAAUAAAAAAGUAAAAAAGAAUAUUCAUUUUCACAACAAAAAAAAAGAAAAACAUUCAAAUAAACUAAAAUUUAAAAAAAACAUAAAAAAUAGUAAUCCAAGUGAUAAAGGAAAUAAAGAAAACAUCUUUAAAGAAAAGGAAAAAAAAAAACUAAAAAAUAAAACUUAUAAUAAAAAUAUUAAAAGUAAAAACAAAAAGGUUUUAUUAAAUGAAUCGAAACAGACAGAAUCAAAAAAAGAAAAUAAAAAAAUUGAUAACACAAAAAGUAAUUUAAGUGUUAAGAAUAAAAAAAUUCAAAAAAAAUUUAUUAAAAACAACAAAAAAAGACUAAACAAAAAGAAUGAGAAUUGA